CCGGGAUGAAGCUGAAGAAGCAGGUGACAGUGUGUGGAGCUGCCAUCUUCUGUGUGGCCGUCUUCUCCCUCUACUUGAUGCUGGACCGGGUGCAGCACGACCCCACGCGCCACCAGAGCGGGGGCAACUUCCCCAGGAGUCAGAUCUCAGUGCUGCAGAACCGCAUUGAGCAGCUGGAGCAGCUGCUGGAGGAGAACCAUGAGAUCAUCAGCCACAUCAAGGACUCGGUGCUGGAGCUGACGGCCCAUGCAGAGGGGCAGCCAGCGCUGCCCCACCACACGCCCAAUGGCUCCUGGGUGCUGCCCCCUGAGAGUCGCCCGAGCUUCCUCUCCGUCUCCCCACAGGACUGCCAGUUUGCCCUGGGGGGCAAGGGCCAGAGCCCAGACCUGCAGAUGCUGGCCGUCUACUCCCUGCUGCCCUUUGACAACCAGGAUGGCGGUGUGUGGAAGCAGGGCUUCGAUAUCACCUAUGAGCCCAAUGAAUGGGACACUGAGCCCCUGCAGGUGUUUGUGGUGCCACACUCCCACAACGACCCAGGCUGGAUCAAGACCUUUGACAAGUACUACUAUGACCAGACGCAGCACAUCCUCAACAGCAUGGUGCUGAAGAUGCAGGAGGACCCGCGCCGGCGCUUCAUCUGGUCCGAGAUCUCCUUCUUUUCCAAGUGGUGGGACAACAUCAGUGGCCAGAAGCGGGCUGUGGUGCGGAGUGCAGCGUCCGUGGGCUCUGCACUGCUCAUCGUGGGGUGCCCUGGCACCGCCAGCAACCUCCUAGUGCCGCGAGAUGUCAAAACCACAGCAGUGGGCAACCCAGACGCCAGCACCGACAUCUUCUGCCACAUGAUGCCCUUCUACAGCUACGACGUACCCCACACCUGUGGGCCAGACCCCAAGAUCUGCUGCCAGUUCGACUUCAAGCGCCUGCCAGGUGGCCGGAUCAACUGCCCCUGGAAGGUGCCUCCCCGAGCCAUCACCGAUGCCAACGUGGCGGAGCGAGCCCAGCUGCUGCUGGACCAGUACCGCAAGAAGUCCAAGCUGUACCGCAGCAAGGUGCUGCUGGUGCCCCUGGGAGAUGAUUUCCGCUAUGACAAGCCACAGGAGUGGGAUGCCCAGUUCCUCAACUACCAGCGCAUCUUCGACUUCCUCAACUCCCGGCCCAACCUCCAUGUCCAGGUACGUGCAGGGAGGCUGCUCCGCUCUCUCACAAACCUCAAGCGCGUCAUCAUCAAUGCUGCGCAUUACCUCGUGCUGGGGGACAAGGAAGCCUACCACCACAACCCCACUGCACCCUUCCUCGGCACGGACGACACGCGCCCCAACCAGGACUCCCUCCCAGAGAGAACAGUUGUAAAACUGGACACCUCACCCCGGUUCCUGGUGGUGUUCAACCCGCUGGAGCAGGAGCGCCUGAGUGUCUUGCCGGUGCUGGUGGACUCCCCGCAUGUGCGUGUGCUCUCCGAGGAGGGGCAGCCCCUGCCUUCCCAGCUCAGUGUGCACUGGGGCUCCGCCACCGACACGGUGCCGGACGUCUACCAGGUGUCUGUCCUGGCCCGCCUGCCUGCGCUGGGGCUGCGUGUGCUGCAGCUGCACAAGUCCUUUCACAGCCACACCACGCUGAAGCUGCCGGAUGGCGAGGCCAAGCCCUACGCCCCCAAGGACCCCCCAGUAGUGCGGGUGACGGAGGGACCCCUCUUCUCAGAGGUCGCCAGCUACUACCAGCAUGUCCAGACCGUGGUGCGUCUUUACAACGUGCCAGGGGUGGAGGGCCUGUCCCUGGACGUGUCUUGCCUGGUGGACAUCCGUGACCACAUCAACAAGGAGCUGGCCCUGCGCUUCAGCACUGACAUCGAGAGUGAUGACACCUUCUUCACGGACCUCAAUGGUUUCCAGGUAUCCGGCAGCCUGGGGAGGGACAACAGCUGCCCACGGAGGGACAGCCAGCUGGAGGUGAUCCUGGACCGGCGCCUCAUGCAGGAUGACAACCGGGGCCUGGGCCAAGGGCUGAAGGACAACAAGCGGACCUGCAACCGAUUCCGCCUCCUCCUGGAGCGUCGCGCCACUGCCAACAAGGACGGCCGCCCGACCAGCUUCCCUUCCCUGCUGAGCCACAUCACCUCCACAGUCAUGCCCGUGGCCCAGGAGAAGCCGGCCCCACCAGCCCUGCGCUCAUUCAUGCCCCUUUCCACCACCCUCCCCUGCGACUUUCACAUCCUUAACCUGCGGAUGCUGCAGGCAGAGGAUGACUCGCUACCCUCGGCCGAGGCAGCCCUGAUCCUGCACCGCAAAGGCUUUGACUGCAGCCUGGAGGCCAAGAAUCUGGGGUUUAACUGCACCACCAGCCAGGGCAAGGAGGACUAUGCCAAGGCAGAGGCUGAUGCAUCUAAAGCCAUUGAAGCCGAUGGCCGGGACAUGAAGGCGCUGUUCCGCCGGAGCCAGGCGCUGCAGAAGCUGGGCCGCCUGGACCAGGCUGUCAGUGACCUGCAGCGAUGUGUGAGCCUGGAGCCCAAGAACAAGGCCUUCCAGGAGGCCCUGCGUGCCCUGGGGAGCAGCAUGCACGAGAAGAUGAAGACCAUGUCCUGCACGGACUCGAAGGUAGAGCAGAUGUUCCAGAUCUUGCUGGAUCCUGAAGAAAAGGACGUGGACAAGAAGCAAAAGGCUGCGCAGAACCUGAUUGUGCUGGCACGAGAGGAGGCCGGAGCAGAGAAAAUCUUCCAAAGUGAUGGUGUGCGGCUGCUGACGCAGCUGCUUGACACAGCCAAGGCUGACCUGAUGCUGGCGGCCCUGCGCACCCUGGUGGGACUGUGCUCCGGGCACCGCUCCCGGACCAUGGCCAUCCUGGUGGAGCUGGGGGCCCCUCGUCUCUCGGCGGUGCUGGGUGUGGAGCACGAGCAGGUUUCCCUGGCUGCCUGCAACCUUCUGCACGUGAUGUUCGAUUCCCUGAAGGAGGGGCUUCAGAAGGACUUCCGUGGCAAGGAGGAUGCGGUGGUGCUGGAUUCCUCCAAGGACCUGAAACUGCUGAUCAAGCACCUCCUGGAGCUGCUAGCACUGGAAGGGGCCUCUGCGCAUGGCCGUGACAAUGCCCUCAACCUGCUUAUCAAGGUGGUGCCCAGGAAGUCGCCAAAGGAGACCAACAACAGCUUGAGCCUCUGGGUGAUCGACCAGGGCCUGAAGAAGAUCCUGGAGGUGGGAAGUACAGUGUGCAGUGCCCCGGGCAGCCUGCCCGUGACAGAGAACAGCCGGAUGAGUGCCUCGGUUCUGCUGAGCAAACUUUACGAUGACCUGAAAUGCGAUGCUGAGAGAGAAAACUUCCACCACUUGUGCGAGGACUACGUGAGGAGCUGGUUCGAGGGGCACGAGCUGGCUGGGAAGCUGCGGGCCAUCCAGACGGUGUCGUGCCUGCUGCAGGGCCCCUCGGACGCUGGGAACAGGGUGCUGGAGCUGGAGGGGAUCAUGGACAGCGUGCUGUCCCUCUGUGCCUCUGUCUGCGAGGCCCACCAGCUGGUAGCGGUGGAGGCACUGAUCCACGCCGCCGACAAGGCCAAGCGCGCCUCCUUCAUCACCGCCAACGGCGUCAGCCUGCUCAAGGAGAUCUACAAGCACAGCGAGAGGGACAGCAUCCGCAUCCGGGCGCUGGUGUCGGAGGACAGGAGUGUGCUCUACGCGGUUGCCUCCACACUAGUGAACUGCACCAACAGCUACGACCACGAGGAGCCAGACCCCCAGAUGCUGGAGCUGGCCAAGUAUGCCAAGCAGCACAUUCCGGAGCAGCACCCCAAGACCAAGGCAGCUCAGGCCCUGGCAAAGAUCACCAUCACCUCCAACCCGGAGAUGGCCUUCCCCGGAGAGCGGAUCUACGAGGUGGUCCGGCCCUUGGUAAGCCUUCUGCACCUUCAGCGCACAGGCCUGGAGAACUUUGAGGGGCUGAUGGCGUUAACCAACCUGGCUGGCAUCAGCGAGAGGCUGCGGCAGAAGAUCCUGAAGGAGAAGGCUGUGCCCAUGAUCGAGGGCUACAUGUUUGAGGAGCACGAGCUAAUCCGGCUGGCUGCCACGGAGUGCAUGUGCAACAUGGCCAUGAGCAAGGAGGUGCAGGAGCUGUUCCUGGCCGAGGGAAGUGACCGGCUGAAGCUGAUGGUCCUGUACAGUGGGGAGGAGGACGAGAAGCUGCGGUGAGCAGCUUCAGGGACCCUGGCCAUGCUGACCGCCCUGCACCCCCCCAUCUGCAAGCGGAUCCCCCAGGUGAGCAUGCUCAGCAAGGCAGAGCCCCUGUGA